AUGACCCCUAUGAUCAAUACUCAAGAACUAGUGGAGAACGUGCUGCAUGCUCGUUCCGGGAAGCUAUUUGUCCGAAUAUCGAAACUAAAGCCGGAGUCUGUUUCAACACCGGUGUCGUGUCUUAAUGUGACAUCUCUGUUGGAGGUGGCUCAGUACUGUACUGAUAGCACGCGUCUGGAGAUGUCAUUUGUGAACAAGUUCUUUUAUCGUUUGGUUCAGUCCUCCCGAACCUCCGUGGACAUUAACUGUAAAAGUGGCUGGGUCGACACGAUCAACCACAGCCCGCUCAUCGAAUCGAUCUCCCUGCUCCAUGACGGGGAUCCAGAAGACCUAACGCGUUUUUGUACGAUCAUCCGGAACGACGGGUUUCCCUCGCUCCGCUCGCUUUCUCUGAGUUUUGUUUCCGACCACGCGGUCAUCGCCAUCGUCGGAGCGCUCGCCGACUUCGCGAGCCACCUCGCCCACCUCCACCUGGCCAGCCCCGCGCGCGCCGUCUCCUUCUCCCUCCAGUCCUACUUCCUCUCCGCCUCCGUCGCCUACGCCUUCCAAGACGCGCUCGCGCGCGGGCUCUCCCGCACGCUCGGCUCGCUCGAGCUGCGCACCGACGACGUCGCCGGGCUCGCCGGCUUCUUCAAGAUCGUGGACCUCAGCGACGCGCGGCUGCUCGACCGCGUCGCGCUGGACUCCUGCCCGCUCCAGGCGCGCGGGCUCGAGCUGCUGCUGCGGUCGGUGUGGCCCGACACGGGGCUGCGCGCCUCCGCGGUGCCGCUGCGGCGACUGGAGCUGGGCAACGUGCAGGCGGAGGACUGCGGACUCAAGUCGCUGGCGGUGGUGGCGCGGCGGAACGGGCUGAUCAGCCUGGAGACGCUGGACGUGGGGAACAACAAGCUGCGGCGGCGCGGCAUGGGGUAUCUGGCGGGGGCGCUGGCGCAGUACUGGCUGCCGAACCUGCGGAAAUGCGUGCUGACGAACAACAAUCUGGGCGCAGGGGCGCUCGUGGCGCUGUUCGACGCGCUGGCGGCGGGCCGGUGCGUGCUGCUCAGCGUGCUGGAGGUCGAGAACACGGGCAUCGGCGAGGCCGACCUGGCCCAUCUGGCGGGGUUUCUGCGCUCGCCGUUCGCGGAGAACCUCGCGCGGCUGAACAUCUCGAUGAACCCGCUCGUCACGGCGGCGCUGCCGACGUUCUUCCGCGGACUGCUGGAGGGCUCCUGCCGGUCCAUGGAGACGCUCUUCCUCGAGGGAAUCUCGCUCUCCGGCGCGGAGAUCGGCGGGCUGGUGGACUGGCUGCGCAGCCGCAAGGCCGCGCGCUUGAAGCACUUGCUCUUGAAGUCCAAUCUGCUCGAUGAGGCCGCCUUCUACGCGCUGGUCCGGACGCUGAUUCGGAAGGAGUGUCCGCGCAUCCAGGUUUUCGAUUUCAGUCGAAAUCUGAUCGGGAACUUGGACGCGCAGCGGUGGGACGAGCUCAUCCGCGGCGAUGGCGAAGAUGUCACCUUUGAGCAGGUCGAUUAUUCGUUUAACCCGCUCACCGAUGCGGAUAUGGACAUUCUCCUUCGCUUUAUGCGGCGCUUCUCGCGCAUCGAGCGAUCUGUCCGCAUCACCUUCUGCGGGAACUCGAUCACCGCGAAAGCCAUCAACGCGUAUUGCGGGGCGCUCACGGAUGUCGGGAGCGCGCUGCAGUUCCUCUCCAUCGACAGCUGCACGAUUUCGGGAUGUGGGCGGGCGUUUCAUCGGUUUCUUGUCAGCCAAGCGGCCCGCCACCUCGAGGUUCUGGUCGUGCGCGAUUGCUGCCUGACAGAGGAGGACUUGGAGCUGCUCUGUGAGGCGUUUGAGGAGGAUGGCUGUCCGGGAUUGGUGUAUCUGCAAUUGGACGGGAAUUCGGAGGUCAACGACGCGUUCGUUGAGCGGCUGCUCGGCGUGCUCGAGCAGAACCACUUAAGGAGCCUGUCCGGACUGGAAUUAGCGUAUACCUCGAUCACGGUGACGGGGCUGAAGCGAUUUGUGCAGUAUGUGCAGGAGCAUCCGUACACGCGACUCUGGAUGCUCUGCUUGAAGAAGAUUAGCGUGUCGUCCAAAGUGGCGGAGAUGUACAAGGAAACGAUGAAACAAAUAUUUCAUGGCACAUUUUCGAUCUAG